AUGACCAUUUCUUCCCUUAAGCUCUACUAUACGUUGCCAUAUGGGCGCGGAUUGGGUGCUGUCAUUCAACUAUUACUAGAAGACGCAUGUAUCCCAUACGAGUUCAUCUUCAUCGAUAAGGCAAACGAAUGGCCACGUGUAAAAGCCAGCUUGCUUGCUUCAAAUUAUCAUUUUGAUUGCAUGCCCAUGAUUGAACUUGAAGAUGGUAAGCGCUACAGUGCCUGCCUCCCUAUCAUGCGCUUCUUGUCAAAAAAGAUUGGCAAGUACUUGCCCUUGGACAACUUGGAUGAGGAGCAGUUUCUAGAUGCUAUAGCGGAUUAUGCUUGCGAUUGGUUCCAAGUUACUGCUCGUGUUGUGCUUCAACCGGAUAAUAAGCAGCUUCAACAGCAAUACAUCCUAAAGGAGCGACAGGUGUUUUUUGAUCGAUUCAACAGACUUUAUAGCAUGCACAAAGGUCCAUACGCUUUGGGAUCAGAGAUAUCUUAUGUGGACUUUUAUGUGUACAAGAUUGCGGCUCGGCUACAACCCAACAAGGAAUCGAUCAAAGAUUACCCCAACAUAGCAUCGCUUGUUGAGGCGAUCAAUGCACGUCCAAACCUACAAAACUUUUUGCAACCUUGA